UGUCGACGUUAACGGGUCUGCAUUUCGCCGUCACCGCGAUCGUCGGCCUCCUCGCGUCCGCUCUAACCGGAAGCAGCAGCUGCGUCAGCAGCAGAAGCAGCAGGAGCAGCAGCAACGUAACUGGCAGCGGCGACGGCGGUGGCGACGGUAGCGGAGGAGGAAGAGAAGAAGGAAAGGCAGCAGCGGCGGUGCUGCCUCUGUGGGUACUCUUAGGGUUCGCGCUGCUGGGGAACGCGAGUCUGGUGGCGACGAAUUUCAGCCUGCUGCUCAACUCGGUGGGGUUCUAUCAGAUCUCCAAGGUCGCCGUCAUCCCGCUCGUCUGCCUCUUCGAGUCGCUCGCCUGGCGCCGCGAAAUCGCUCGCAGCGUGUGGGCGGCGAUGGCGGUGGUGAUGGUGGGCGUGGGGCUGUGCACCAACGCCGACAUCACUCUCAACGUCGCCGGCUUCUGCGUCGCCACCCUCGCCGUCGUCUGCUCCGCGCUGCACAUGAUGCUUAUUGGCUGGUUGCAGGACCACUACGCCACGUCAUCGUUCGAUCUGCUGAGUCAGACGGCUCCCCUGCAGGCGUUCCUGCUGCUGCUGAUCGGCCCGCCCCUCGACUUCUACCUCACCUCGCGCUCGCUCCUCUCCUUCCACUUCUCCCCCGGCGCCCUCCUCUUCCUGCUGCUAUCGGGGCUGCUGGCCGUGGCGUGCAACCUGAGCGUGUAUCUGUGCAUCGGCCGCUUCUCCGCCACCACCUACCAGGUGCUCGGCCACGUCAAGACCGUCCUCGUUAUAGGCAUCGGAGUCGUCUUCUUCCACUCUCCGCUGUCGCGGCACAGCAUGCUGGGCAUGUCGCUGGCCGUGCUGGGCAUGGCCAUGUACGGCCGCGCCACGCAAUGUGCACGCAGUAGCACCAACAGCGGCAAAACGGGUGAUUCUUGCACUGGUAAUAGCAGCGGCGGUGGUGGGGGCGGUGGAUGGAAGGUUGGCAGUGGGAGCAGCUUCGUCAGCAGCAGCCGAGAGAGUAUGAGCAGCGGUGGUAGUAAGGAGAUGGGGACAGGGAGGGCAGGGUGCAUACCAGGCGGAGUGGCGUGCUGUGACGAUGGCAUAACGGUGGUGAAGCAUGCAUGGGGCAGGGUGAUGUAUGCAUGGGCGUGGGACGAAGCAGAGCGCUCCUUUGUCCCUGUGGCUGGCAGGACCGCGGCAAGGGGCAUAGGGUUGGCAGCAGGGGUGGGAGGAGGAGGCGGCGGGUUGAUGGUGAGAGCGUCAGCAGCAGCGCCUCAGCUGCGGGUGCCGCUGCUGGGUGCCAGAGACCUGGAGGCAGGCAGGGGAUGA